UAAAUUGAUUGGUAUCAACUGUUUAUCAAGUUAUCUGAAAUUUUCUUCUUUCUUCCUUUUUAUUUUGAUUGGUGGUAUGCUUCUUUCUUGCUCUAGUAGAUUCUUUAGCUAGAAUGUUGUUCAUGGUAACCUUGAUAAUUUAUGUUGUCUAACGAGUAACAACUGAUAUGAUUUUGCACCAGAAGAACAAAAUGGAGGACAAAAGGUGUGAUUUCAUCAGCAGUUUACCGUCUGAUAUUCUGAGGCGGAUCAUUUCAUUCCUUGCAUUAGAACAGGCCAUGAAAACAAGCGCCCUUUCGACUGUUUGGAGAAGUCUCUGGGUACCUGUUGAAGUAAACCUUCAUGAAGCUAACAGAGAGAUCAAAGAUAUUGUUGAUUUGUUUUCCAAGCCUUAUGAAAGUCAUCAGGUAUGGAAACUGUGCUUAAGCUUCCAGGAUAGCAAGAGAGCACCUUCAGAAAUGAAGGGUGAAAUCAUUGCUUUAGCUGCCAAAGGCGUUGACGAAGAACUUUAUCUGGACUUCUCUGAGAGGCAGAAAGAGCAGGUAAAGAAUCUCUGUUUGAAGCUGGAAUCAUGCUGUUCCUGUCAUUCCUUGCUCGGCCACCCACCUCACGCAGCUACCUUUUCCAGUACUCUCAAGAUGCUCCAUGUUAGACGGCUUAGCAACCUUAGCAAAGAUGUGAUUUCCGCCUUGUUCUCCAGUUCUCAAUUUCUCGAAAGCUUGAAUCUUGAAGGAUGUAAUGGCUUGCAAAGCCUUGACAUUGAAGCCAACCACUUCCUUCGAAGCUUGAAAGUAAUAGAUUGCCCAGACAUGAUCAAUAUCUCUGUUUCAGCAAUAAAUCUCAGAUCGUUUUGGUAUCAAGGAAUACUUCCUCACCAGGUUCAUCUUAAGAAUACUUCAGACUUGGUUGAAGUGAUGCUGGAUUUGAGGAAUGGUUCAGGGCCUAGUGAGUUUGAUUGCGAAGAUGUUCUUUCCCUCCUAGCUACUCUUAAGGAUAUUGAGGUCCUCAGAGUCAGCGGCUGGCUUUUCGAGUGGUUAUGCUUAGGUGGAGUGAUAUUUCGGAGGUUGGAUUUCAACUUCAACAAGUUAAAGCAAUUGAGCUGGAUGGAUUCUGCCAUGAACAACACCAAGCGGGAUUCCCUAGCUUGCUUCCUUAACAUAUGCCCUUCCUUGGAGAAGUUGCUAAUUGAAAUUGAUCCAAACCGAGGUCAUUUACCCUGUCCAUAUUUUCACCAUUACUGGCAUGAACCUCACCUCUGGAUGGAUUAUACAUCUGUGAUGUCUAACACUUCACAAUUGGAGCACCUGAAGGUCGUUGAGUUUAUGGGUUAUACAAAUGAAGAAGAUCAGUCGCUGCUUAUUGAUCUUUUACUAAAGAAGGGAAGUUUGCUCGAGUCAGUAACUGUUACUUCACCACAGCAUCAUUCCUGGCAGGUUGCAAAGAUCCCUGAUGAUCAGAGUCAACUGAGUCAGACAUGGCAAUCAGGCAACCAGCAAAAGCAGAAUGCUGUUUUGUCUCUAAUCAAAUUCAUCAUCAGGAUCCAAAAUUCAUUGUUCACAAGGAUUGCACUUUUGCACAAGAAUGCAACACCUUGAAUAAUAAAUUAAACCCAAAGGGCUGUUUCCUUGAACUCCCUGCGAAAAUUAUCCUGCUGCUGUAUCACAUUUGCUGUAGUCUUACCCUCAUUAUGUACAAGUUGAUUUUA